GGUCUGGGAGAGAGGGAAGUAUCCAAUCUCUGACAUUGAGGUGAAUGUAGGGCAUCGGGGUUGGGGACCGUACACUGCCUUUGGAGUUUAUACUCUGUAUUCAGUAGACUGUGUGAUUUUCAGACUUUGCUGGGGAUUACUGUUCAGGCGUAACCUUGUACUUCACUUUCUUGAUGGUCAGACAAAUGCACCCCUUUUGAAUGGUGCUUUGUAAUACUUGCCUUGUUAAAGCCUACCUCAUGUGGCAUUUGGCAGGUCAAAGGAUUGGGAGUGGACUUUUGGGCAAGUCUAGGAGAAUUAGGGCAAAACAUUUUGAGAAUGUCACUUAUAGAAAGAUUAAUACUUCUUCAGCUAAGAAGACUGUUAUGCCAGCCUGGGUGAUUGACAGAUAUGGAGAUAACAGCACAUUGCGUUUUACAAAGGAGUCUAUGUUUCCAAUUAUACACUACCCCAAUGAAGUUAUGAUUAAAGUUCAUGCUUCCAGCUUAAACCCUAUUGAUAUCUCCAUGAGAAAUGGUUAUGGUGCAGCUGCACUUCAAGUGAGACGUGACCCGUUGCAUAUAAAAGCUGCCGGGAGUGAAUUUCCUCUCAUUCUGGGCCGAGAUGUCUCCGGUGUUGUCAUGGAAACUGGACUGGAUGUGUCUUAUUUCAAACCUGGAGACGAGGUUUGGGCGGCGCUGCCACCCUGGAAACAGGGAACGUUGGCAGAAUUUGUUGUGGCAAGCGCAAAUGAGAUAGCCCACAAGCCUAAAACACUCAGUCACAGCCAAGCUGCAGCUUUACCUUACGUAGCUCUGACAACAUGGUCAGCACUGGUGAACAAUGGAGGACUGAGAGACAACAACUGCAAAGGGAAAAGGGUUCUGAUCCUCGGGGGAUCUGGAGGAAUUGGGACCUUUGCUAUUCAGCUUUUAAAAUCCUGGGGAGCCCAUGUGACCACCACCUGUUCGGAGAAUGCUUUCUCAUUGUUAAAAGAUUUGGGUGCAGAUCACACCAUCAAUUACAAAACUCCCAGUUUGGAGAAAGAGCUCAAGGAUCUGAAAAUGUUUGACUUUAUCUUGGAUAAUGUGGGUGGACGGACCGAAGACUGGGCCUUGAACUUACUGAAGCCGUGGUCAGGAGCUACAUAUGUAACAUUAGUGACACCCUUCAUGCUCAAUACUGAUAGACUUGGAAUUGCUGAUGGAAUAGUUAAAUCAGGGAUUACCUUGGGCAGCAAAAUCCUAAAGCAUCUGAGGCGGGGCGUUCAUUAUCGCUGGGCCAUAUUUACACCAAGUGGUCCAACUCUGGAUGAAGUCACGGAACUUGUGGAUAAACAAAAGAUUCGGCCAGUUGUUGAGCAGGUUUUUUCAUUCUCGCAAGUACCCAAGGCCUUCCUGAAACUAGAAAGUGGUCACGCACGAGGGAAGACUGUCAUUGAUGGGACUAAAGGAUAUUUAUAUUAGGAGCUGAAGAUCUGUACAGACCAGUUUUUGAUGUUAUGUCCACUUAUUUCUAUUUUCAAUAGCUGCAAUAAACAGUCUCCAGCAAUUAACUCAAAA